CUAAGGUUGUCACCUUGUGACUCCUGGGAUCCGCCACCAGCUCCACCAACCAAUCCGAACAAAGAACGCGGGUAAUCUAACGAAAAUUACUGGUAUUCAUUGGUAUGAUUCCAAGCAGGAAAGCGCGAUCGGGCCAAUCAGAGCCCCACUCCCAGCCACAUCACCCGCCCAACCUCCCCUUUUACGGCCGGCCCCACCCGUUUUCGCCACCCAAUCAGUGCGCGCAUAGCUUAUCGAUAAGCCGAGAUCCUCCAGCUCCCAGAACUAUGCCCGUCCUCCCUCCCUUUCUCCCCUCCCUGCACUCUUUUCUGCAAAACAACUUCACGCGAAACGAACUGGUCUCUCGUUACUAUUACUGCUCUACCUUGCUGCUCCACAUUUGAAAAACAAAACCAUCCAACCAACGCUCAUCUGUCCUUCGUUACUCUCCUUCACGCUCUCUGUCAAUCCACCCCUACCGAAC